AUGCUUCGUUGGUCAUCUGUUCGAAGAAAGCAAAGAGCUUUAUCAGUUCAAACUUCAAACGGAUUCUUAGUUCCACCUAGCAUGGAUCCAGGCUAUGGAACUAUUAUGGAUGAAGAUGGUUCGCCUAUCAGACCAACUACUUCGCGUCGGUUGAAGCCAUCAAACAGUGUUGGGAGUGCUGAAUUCACUACAAGGCCGUUACUGCAAAAACCAAAUCAAUUGGGCAUUUCAGAAUCGGAUAGCAUCGAGCCGAUCACUGGUUUAUCCCCAACGAAAGUUGAAUCUCGUGUAGCUGCAUUACGUCGUCGAUCUUCGGUGGUUCGUGAUCGAUGGGCUACGAAAAUGGAAUUUCUCUUAGCCGUUAUCGGAUAUGCGGUUGAUUUAGGAAAUGUCUGGAGAUUUCCAUCUGUAUGUUAUAAACAUGGAGGAGGAGCAUUUCUCAUACCGUACUUGGUCAUGUUAAUUAUUGGCGGUUUGCCCAUGUUUUAUAUGGAACUGGCGUUAGGUCAAUAUCAUCGAGCAGGUUGUGUAAGCAUUUGGAGAAAAAUAUGCCCCAUGUUCAAAGGAAUAGGAUAUGGAAUAUGCUUUAUUUGUACGUUCAUAGCUUGUUUCUAUAAUGCUAUAAUAGCUCAAGCUGUAUAUUUCACUUUCAGCUCAAUUGCACUUGAAGUUCCUUGGAAGACAUGUAAUAACUCAUGGAAUAGCCCCGAUUGUUCAAGUGAUUUAGCCAUCUCUGUUAGUAAAAAUGGCACAAAGUUGAGAACACCCAGUGAAGAGUUCUACAAUAACAAAGUAUUGGAACUACAAAACUCGAAUGGACUUCAUGAUCUUGGAGGAGUGAAGCUAUCAAUGGCUGCUUGUUUGGCACUGGUUUUCGUCAUGGUCUAUUUCACCUUGUGGAAAGGCCCUAAAUCAGCAGGAAAAACUGUCUGGGUUACAGCCACUGCUCCUUAUGUUGUUUUGACCAUUUUGUUGAUUCGAGGAAUAACCUUACCUGGAGCUUCAAAAGGAAUCUACUAUUAUCUGACACCUAACUUCGAUAAGCUAUAUGAACCUCAGGUCUGGUCAGCUGCUGCGACUCAAAUCUUUUUCUCUCUUGGGCCAGGCUUCGGUGUUUUGUUAGCGUUGAGUAGUUACAAUGACUUCAACAAUAAUUGUUAUCGAGAUGCCAUUGUGACAACUUCGAUUAACUGUUUGACUUCCUUCUUCUCUGGAUUUGUUAUAUUUUCCACCCUCGGAUACAUGGCCGUGUUAACGAAUAAGGAAGUAGAUGAAGUUAUUGGAGAUCAUGACGCUUCUCUGAUUUUCAUCGUUUAUCCGCAAGCAUUGGCAACUAUGGAAUAUAGCAGUGCUUGGUCAUUCAUCUUCUUCCUUAUGCUUAUAACACUUGGAAUUGAUAGUACCUUUGCUGGAAUAGAAGCUUUGAUAACGGGAUUAUGCGAUGAGUCAAGAUUUUUAACGAAAAAUCGUAAAGGAUUUGUGGCUGUCGUGUGUAUAGUUUAUUUCUUCGGAAGUUUGCCAGCCAUUAGUUAUGGUGGAUCAUAUGUGAUUCCGUUCUUGGAUGAAUAUGGUGUUUCUUUAUCUGUUCUAUUUAUGGUUACAUGUGAAAUGAUUGCCGUUUGUUGGUUCUAUGGUGUUGACCGAUUCUGCAUGGAUAUCAAAACAAUGCUGGGAAUAUAUCCAGGAUUGUAUUGGAGGGUUUGUUGGCUACUGAGUCCAUUUUUCAUUAUGUCAAUUUUCCUGGUAACUGUUUGGCAAGCUUCCUUUACUCCAAUGGAAAUCAUGAAUCGUCAGUUCCCAGGAUGGAGUGUGUCUCUGGGAUGGUUCUUCCGGUUAACUUCGAUAUGCAGUGUUCCCAUAGUUGGUUUCUACAUCUUUCUGAGAACAAAAGGAUCAUUUGUUGAGCGUCUUCGAACAAUCUCUCGUCCUUAUCCUAAUCUUUCAAUGACAACCGACGCUCAACAGAUUAUCGAUAGCACCUUACUGGACCCAAUAAACACCUUAACGCAGGUUUGA